CUUACAAAGCUGUGACGUCACGAAUAUCCGUCACAUCUUUGUCAGUGAACAAAAUGGCAACCUACUGUCUCACAGUCGCCCGGCUCCAGCUGGCUCUGGGCCAUGGUGCACGGCGCCUGCAUGUAUCAGCUGCCUACAGAGCCAAGGCCAAAGUGUCUAUGAGUCGCUUUGAGCCCACAUCCUACGUCAACUAUGAGAAGCUCCAAUCAAACAUUGACAUUGUGCGAAAAAGACUCAACCGUCCUCUCACCCUUUCGGAGAAGAUCGUGUAUGGCCACCUGGAUGACCCCCACAAUCAGGAUAUCGAUCGCGGUCGCACCUACCUGCGUCUGCGUCCUGACCGCGUUGCCAUGCAGGACGCCACAGCCCAGAUGGCAAUGCUCCAGUUCAUCAGCAGCGGCCUGCCGAAGGUGGCCGUGCCCUCCACCAUCCACUGUGAUCACUUGAUCGAAGCUCAGAUCGGUGGAGAAAAGGAUCUGGCCAGAGCAAAGGAAAUUAACCUGGAGGUCUACAACUUCCUGGCCAGUGCUGGUGCAAAAUAUGGAGUUGGUUUCUGGAAACCAGGCUCUGGAAUCAUCCAUCAGAUCAUCCUAGAGAACUACGCCUACCCAGGAGUGAUGCUGAUUGGUACAGAUUCCCACACACCAAACGGUGGUGGCCUUGGUGCCAUUUGCAUCGGAGUUGGAGGAGCAGACGCAGUCGAUGUCAUGGCAGGAAUCCCCUGGGAGCUUAAGUGCCCAAAGGUGAUUGGUGUGAGGCUGACAGGCACCCUCUCAGGGUGGACGUCCCCUAAAGACAUCAUCCUGAAGGUGGCAGGCAUCCUGACAGUGAAAGGCGGCACUGGAGCCAUUGUGGAAUACCACGGACCAGGAGUGGACUCCAUUUCUUGCACAGGAAUGGCCACCAUUUGCAACAUGGGUGCAGAGAUUGGAGCUACCACCUCUGUGUUCCCCUACAACCACCGCAUGAGGACCUACCUGGAGAAGACAGGACGUGGACAGAUCGCUGCCUUGGCUGAUGAGUACUCUGACCUGUUGGUACCAGACGAAGGCUGCGAGUACGACCAGAUCAUCGAGCUCAAUCUAGAUGAGCUGAAGCCACACAUUAACGGACCCUUCACCCCAGACCUGGCCCACCCAGUGUCUGACGUGGGUGCUACUGCUGAGAAGAACGGCUGGCCACUGGAGGUGAAAGUUGGUCUGAUUGGCAGCUGUACCAACUCCAGCUAUGAGGACAUGGGCCGUGCUGCCUCUGUGGCUAAGCAGGCUCUGGAUAAAGGCCUGAAGUGCAAAGCUCAGUUCACAGUCACCCCUGGCUCUGAGCAGAUUCGUGCCACCAUCGAAAGAGACGGAUAUUCAAAGAUCCUCAAUGAUGUUGGAGGUGUGGUCCUGGCUAAUGCAUGUGGACCCUGCAUUGGACAGUGGGACAGGCGUGAUGUGAAGAAGGGAGAGAAGAACACAAUCGUCACUUCCUUCAACAGAAACUUCACAGCCAGGAAUGAUGCUAACCCUGCAACACAUGCCUUUGUGACCUCCCCAGAGAUUGUCACUGCCCUCGCCAUCGCUGGAACGUUGAGCUUCAACCCAGAGACUGAUUACCUUACAGCCCCAAAUGGAGAGAAGUUUAAGCUGGACCCCCCCAAUGGAGAUGAACUGCCUUCCAGGGAUUUCGACCCAGGUCAGGACACCUACCAGCACCCACCCUCUGAGGGCCAGGGCCUGAAGGUGGAUGUCAGCCCUGAGAGCAACCGCCUCCAGCUGCUGGAGCCUUUUGACAAAUGGAGUGGCAGUGAUCUGGAAGACAUGAAAGUCCUCAUUAAGGUGAAGGGCAAAUGCACCACAGACCACAUCAGUGCAGCCGGACCUUGGCUGAAAUUCCGUGGCCACUUGGACAACAUCUCCAACAACAUGCUGAUCGGUGCAGUGAACAGCGAGAACGACGCAAUCAACAAGAUCAAGAACCACCUGACAGGAGAGUAUGGAGGAGUCCCUGAUGUGGCUCGUCACUACAAGGCUAAUGGUGUGUCCUGGGUAGUCGUGGGAGACGACAAUUAUGGUGAGGGCUCCAGCAGAGAGCACGCUGCCUUGGAGCCUAGACAUCUGGGAGGAAGAGCCAUCAUUGUCAAGAGCUUUGCCAGAAUUCACGAGACUAACCUGAAGAAGCAGGGACUGCUGCCUCUGACCUUUAGCGUCCCAUCAGAUUAUGACAAGAUCCGCCCUGAUGACAAGAUCUCCAUUAGAGGACUCAAAACCUUUGCUCCAGGAAAGCCUCUUACUGCUGUCGUGAAGCACAGCGACGGCAGCGAGGAGACCCUGGAAUUGAACCACAGCUUCAAUGAGACACAGAUCGAAUGGUUCAAAGCCGGCUCUGCCCUCAACAGGAUGAAGGAGCUGCAGCAUUGAAUGAGAGAAAAUGCUGAGGAGGUGUAUUUUCAGAGGGAAACAGGGUGGUGAGGAUUGUGAGGGAAGAAAAGGGAGGAAGAAUGUCAGUGCUAUUGAUGAUUGCUCCAUCAUCUGCAUUUGCUCACACCUGGACUGAAAAUAGUGUAACUUAGAGUUGUCUGUAAACAUCAGGUAAAGCAAAAAGCUCAUGCUGAUGAUGGAACAAUAAGGACUGGAGGGUCAGAUAGUUCUUAUACAUUCAUUUGUCAGUGCAUAGCAAUCUUGAUGGUACUAAUCACUGCUAUGUUUCAUUACCAAACUGCUAAAACUGGUUAGAAUUCAGAGUCUGUUGUAGAAACAAUGGGGAGACACUCAGCUUUGACCCAAGCAGUUACAUAACACCCUGCCAGCUGAUGCUUGUGAUUUUGCAGCUGUUCAAACAACUCAGCUCACACACUGAUCCCUCUCACGGUGAUGUUUUUGUUUUGUGUUGCUCACUGCAUGGCAAUAACAAGCUUUAUUCAAUCGUUGUCAUUCAGCCUGCCCCAACUGUUUUUACACUCCACCCUGAAAAGGUGAGCCUGCUGUUGGCUACACCUCUGGGCCCACUUGUUGUGUAGCGUCGCUGGUGUUGAACUGCUCGAUGGAUCCAAAAGACACAUGUGUAGGGCAAAAAUAACUUCUGUCUCCUAAUAUUGUUGCAACCAACCCGUUUGCCUCUUAGUGGCCAUGAUGAGGGGCUCUGCUUAUGAUCUCCAAACGCACAAUUUAAAAGCAGCACCAUGAUGGCAAAGCUGGUCCUAUGAAUUGUCUAAAGGCAUUCUGGGAAAUGUGGGGAGGCAUGUUUAGAUUAGAUGGAUCCAACAUUAAUAACUUAGCUGAAAUAGCAUUGAACAUCAUGCAGUUUGCUGCAUAUUUUAACAUUUAGAGCACUAAGGAGUCAGUUUUUGUAUUUAUCUUUUAGAAAUGUGAGUUUUUAUCCAUUUCAGUUUUACAAAAGGAUUCAGAGAACCUCUGUAGACAUUUCUGAGUAUACAAACCAACUUAUAAGCUUCCUAUACUGUGUAUGACCCUCUUCUUCCCUAACACUGUCACUUCCACCAUCCCUCACAUAACAAUCCUACCCUCUUAAGGUCAAAAAAACAUGCUAUUGUUUGCCGAUUGUUUAUUUAUUUAUACUUUUUCUCUGUAAGGGGUUCACAUCUGGCGUGGCUUUGUUAAAAUCAUUUUUCUUCUCAAACAGGGUAACUUGUUUUCUCCUCCAUCCCAUUUUUUCAGUGCCCUAACAAGUGACUUUAACCCUCAAGAAAAGAAAAGUAGAUUUUAACCCCAAGACAGUAACAAUGCAAGUACCUCCUGAAACCCCCAUAUUACAAUAACAGCUGCUUUCAGUCCUUAAUGGAUGUAAUUAAAUGGAAUUCACUCCAAAUCCUCAAAAUGAGGCUUUUUAACAUCAGAUCAGGAAGAGAUAUUUUUGUCCUCAUCUUUCCCUUCGCUGCUCCAGCCAAGUCAAACAUAACGCAGCUGUGAAGAAGAAAUCAGUAACAUAAAGUGAAGUCAUACCACUCUAUCUCUAAUAAACAGUAUGUAAAGUGUCUGAUUCUAUGUACAUUUAAGUGUUGUUUCUUUUCUCCCAGAUGAUCUUUUCUGUAUUACAGAGAUGCCAAUGGGUUGUAAAAUAAAAAAUCACAGAUCUCAUAUA